CAAAAAAGAACCCCCAAUUCAGACAAAAGCUAAGUUAAGCCAUCAAAAAUUACCUCAGGUACGUGAUCAGCGCCAUUGCAUUCCUCACGCAUCGAGUCGCGUCGCUUCUGCAGUUCGCGCCGGGAGAUUAAUCCGAGUUUCCAGGUCUCGGAUUCCACGAACUUCGAAUACCUUCACAUACGUCAAAAUGCAGUUCACCAAGUUCCUCGUCGCUGCUGCGGCGUUCACGCUCGCCAAUGCGCAGGUGGAAUUCACAAUGAACGCCGAUUUCUUUGCGGCUUCCUAUGUAGCUGGUGUCAGUGUUAUGAACCUCACAUGGGACCUCAACUCCGGACCCGUUACCCUCAAGCUGAUGAACGGGCCCUCCACCAAUCUUUCACUGGUCGAGACAAUCAAGAGCGGAGUGACCGGAACUUCCUAUCCCUACACCCCUUCAACAAAUCUUGCGGCCGGCCAAUAUGCAUUCGAGAUUGAUGAUUCCUCCUCGAAACUAAUAAACUACAGCAAGCAAUUUGCAUUGACUGGAGGAUCUGCCUCAACUGUUACCAGCACAGGCAGCACUUCUUCCGCGACGCCGUCCCCAACCAGCAACUCGACAUCUACAUCUACAACCAACACCAAGACCACGACCAAGACGUCCUCUUCACCAACGAGUACAAGCUCGAGCACGACGCCCAAGAUAAACUCCGCAACGAGCGUCGCCUCUCCUCUCGCGCUGAUCCUCCUCGCUUUCGCGGCGAUGGUCAGCCUCAACUAAACCUCUUUCCAAUACCUUUUACGAAAUGUCUAAAUAUACUAAAAAGAGCCGGGGAAGGUUUUAAUGCAUAGCUUGCGAUUAUCUGUCUAUAUUUUUCAUUUGCUCGCAUUUGAAAACGGAAAUAAGGUCGUUGUUGCGGAUAGGAAAGCGGGAGGUUUUCAAGCUGAUUGGUUCAGGCAAUAGUGGUUGCAUAUGGGAGGC